GAGGGAGCGGAGGCCGCCGCCAUCGCCCGUUGGGGCGCCGAGGGAUCAUGUCCGGCUCCGGAGAGGAGAUGCCAAAUGAGGACGACAUGAGCAGCGUUGACCUAAUGAACAACAUCGGCCUAAUGGAGUUUUCCGAUGAGAUUCUUUUGCACAUCCUGAGCUAUAUCCCCAGCACGGACCUCAUUUUGAACGUGAGGAGAACCUGCAGGAAGCUGGCGACUCUCUGUCUGGACAAGAGUCUAACCCAUACAGUAUUGCUUCACAGGGAUUAUCAGGCCAGCGAAGACAAAGUGAAGCAACUCGUGCGAGAAAUCGGGCGAGAGAUCUACCAGUUGAACAUGGCCGGCUGCUACUGGCUGCCGGGCUCCACGAUUGAGCAUGUGACGCGCUGCCGGAACCUAGUGAAGGUGAACCUGGCCGGCUGCCACCUGACGUCCGUCCGCCUCUCCAAGAUGCUGUCGGCCCUCCAGCACCUGCGGUCGCUGGCCAUCGAUGUCAACCCGGGGUUUGACGCCGCCCAGCUGAGCAGCGAGUGUAAAGGCACGCUCAGCCGAGUGGUCGAGCUCAAGCAGACGCUCUACACGCCGUCGUACGGGGUGGUCCCCUGUUGCACGAGCCUGGAGAAACUACUGCUCUACUUUGAGAUCCUGGACCGCACUCGGGAAGGAGCGAUCCUGUCCGGCCAGCUGAUGGUGGGCCAGAGCAACGUCCCCCACUACCAGAACCUCCGCGUCUUCUAUGCCAGGCUGGCCCCCGGCUACAUCAAUCAGGAAGUGGUGAGGCUGUAUCUGGCGGUGCUCAGCGACCGGACCCCGGAAAACCUCCACGCCUUCCUCAUUUCGGUCCCGGGCAGCUUUGCGGAGAGCGGAGCCACCAAAAACCUGCUGGACUCCAUGGCCCGCAACGUGUCUCUGGACGCCCUGCAGCUGCCCAAGUCGUGGCUCAACGGCUCGUCCCUCCUUCAGCACAUGAAGUUCAACAACCCCUUCUACUUCAGCUUCAGCCGCUGCACCCUGUCCGGGGGCCACCUGAUCCAGCGGGUCAUCAACGGGGGCAAAGACCUGAAGAGCUUAGCCAGCCUGAACCUCAGCGGCUGCAUCCACUGCCUCUCUCCGGACUCGCUCUUCCGGAAAGCCGAGGACGACAUCGACAGCAGCAUCCUGGAGACGCUGGUCGUGUCCUGCUGCAACCUGAAGCACCUGAACCUGUCGGCCGCCCAUCACCACAGCUCGGAGGACUUGGGGAAGCAUUUGUGCCAGCUCCUGGCCCAGCUCCAGCACUUGCGCUCCCUCUCCCUGCCCGUCUGCUCCGUCGCCGACCUGGCCUCGAAGGCGGACAAGCCCCCCGCCCAGACGGCGACCGCGGCGGUGCCCCGGGGCUUUGGGAAGAAAGUGAGGAUCGGAGUGCAGACGUAUCCCCGGCCCUCCGAGCAGGCGGCUCCCAGGCCGAGCUCGGUUUUCUGGACUCUCCUGGAGAACGUUCCCUUUUUGGAAAACCUGGAGUUGAUCGGGUCCAACUUCUCCUCCGCUAUGCCCCGGAACGAGCCCGCCAUCCGGAACUCGCUGCCCCCCUGCAGCCGGGCCCAGAACGUCGGGGAUGCCGAGGUGGCCGCCAUCGGCCAACUGGCGUUCUUGCGCAGCUUGACUCUGGCCCAGUUGCCCAGUAUCCUGACGGGCUCGGGGCUCGUUAGCAUCGGGUUGCAGUGCCAGCAGCUGCAGACACUGUCGCUGGCCAAUCUGGGCAUGAUGGGGAAGGUGGUCUACAUGUCCGCCCUGUCUGACAUGCUGAAGCACUGCAAGCAGCUCAGAGAUCUCAGGCUGGAACAGCCCUACUUCAGUGCGAACGCCCAGUUCUUCCAGGCUCUGAGUCAGUGCCCCUCGCUCCAGCGUCUCUGCAUCGUCUCCCGCAGCGGAACCCUGCAGUCGGACGCGGUGAUGUCAUUCAUGGCCAGCUGCCUCGGGGUCAUCAUGUGUCACAUGUUUACAGGAGAAUCCCUCACCGCCUGCAAGAAUCUUCAGCAGUCCAUCAUGCGGAGUUUCCAGGCCGACCGCCCUGCACUAAAUGUCGUCAUUUUCCCCCUGCUCCACGAGGGCUUGACUGAUGUCAUCAGAGAUGUCCCCAUGAUGCACCUGGAUGAGAUUACCUUGUUUAAAAGCAGAGUGGCAGAAGAACCUCCCAACUUGUGGUGGUGAUGGUGCUCUAGUGGAAGCGGGAUGGUCUGUAUCGACAGCUGAAACCAUUUUCGGGGGGCCUCAUCCCACUUCCCUCUCCCUCCUUGAGCUUAUGGCUGCCUUAGUGGAUGCUUUACAAUCACUUCAGUCCAAUUGCACCCUAAAGCUAGACGAGGCCGGGCAUGGCAGCUGCUGCUUGUGCUCUCCGAUACUGUCCCGGAAAGUUCCAUCAGCCGUGUUUGGAUGGUUCCUCAUGGUUAAUAACACUUAUUUGGUCUGUGAUGUAAGGAGCAAAAAAAAAAAAAAAACAAAAAACUCUCCUCAUCCCACUCCAUUUCACUCAAUAUGUUUCUGUGUACUUUGGCAGUACGCUCUGUAUCCUCUGUUAUCUCAGGCACUUUUCUUUGUGACUGCUUGUUACUUGAUUGGCGCUGAGGGUUAAUUGUUAAUAGGAUUAUAUAAGGAGAAAUGAAGUGGGCAGCCUUUAUUACGGAGAACUAGUAGAAGCAUGCAGUUCAUAUGGAUGGAGACAGUCCCUGUUACCCAGUCAGUACUGAGAUUGUUUAUAUAUUUGCACAUAAAAAAACUUUCAGGAUAACAUCUGGGAUGACUAUUGUAACUUCUUCACUUAUUUCAAAGGACAGUGUUUUGUAAAGUUCACUUUGUAAACCUUUUCAUGAGCAUUCUUCCAGAUUGAGCCAUUUGGACCAUUUAUUAUGCAGUUUUGUAUGCAGGUUAUUUUCUUCCGAUUGGUCCCCAAAAUUCUAAUAAGGUGCAAUGUGGUGUUUGUUUUGAGAUGGAGUGGUAUUUAACAAUCAGAUCACAGAGAUGCUACACAGUUACACAUUUUCAAUGACUGCUGGUUUACAAAUCUUCAAUUACCAUGCUUUAUUGCUGCUGUUACUAGCCACAUGACAGAACAAAUGUGACUUUUUUUGCUUUUUUCAAGCUCUCCAGUUCCAAAUUUUUAGCUGUUCUUCCAGUAAAUAAGAUUACCGUCAUUGUAAUCCA